GUGAUUGCCUCUACUCGGUUGACACAACUACAUGGAUACACAACAUUUGCGUUCCCAGAGAACUGACUGUGGUCCAGUGUUGGAGGGGGGUCAGUCGAGCGGGUUUCCUUCUUAAAUACAGGCAGCUCUGUACGCUGUAGAGAAACACACACAGCCAUGUCUCCAUCAGUGCCCCUUCAAGAGAUGAUCCGGGCCAUCAGGUCCGCCAGGACUCAGUGUGAGGAGCGGGGUGUCAUCCAGAGGGAGUGUGCUGCCAUCCGGGCACAGUUCAGACAAGUCGACAACGGGGGGAGAUCGCACAACCUGGCCAAGCUGCUCUAUGUGCACAUGUUGGGUUACCCCGCUCACUUUGGUCAGAUGGAGUGCGUUCGGAUGAUAGCCAGCCCUCGCUACAACGAGAAGCGCGUGGGAUACCUGGGAGCCAUGAUGCUACUGGAUGAGAAGCAGGACGCCAGCCUACUCAUCACAAACUCCAUCAAGAAUGACCUUUCCCACAGUAACCAGUAUGUGCAGUCUCUGGCUCUGUGCACACUGGCCUGCAUGGGUUCGGCCGAGAUGUGCAGAGAUCUGGCACCAGAGAUUGACAAACUGCUCCGAGCCUCCAACUCCUACAUAAAGAAGAAGGCUGCUUUGUGCGCUGUUCACAUUGUGAGAAAGGUCCAUGAUCUUGGAGAGCUCUUUGCCCCCGCCGCCCGUUCACUCCUCAGUGAGAAGAACCAUGGUGUGUUACACGGUGCUGUCGUCCUCAUCACUCAGCUGUGUGAGCAGAACCCAGAAACACUGGAGCGGUUCAGAAAGACGGUGCCUGAUUUGGUGCAGAUCAUGAAGAGUUUGGUUAUAUCAGGUUAUUCUCCGGAACAUGAUGUGGCAGGAAUCAGUGACCCCUUCCUGCAGGUACGCAUCUUGAGAUUGCUGAGAAUCCUCGGGCGCAACAACGAAGCGGCCAGUGACGCCAUGAACGACCUUCUAGCUCAGGUGGCGACCAACACAGACAGCACUAAGACCGUGGGCAACGCUGUCCUCUACGAGACUGUUCUCACUGUAUUGGACAUCAAGUCAGAGAGCGGCCUCAGGAUUCUGGCUGUGAACAUCCUUGGAAGGUUUCUCCUCAACAACGACAGGAACAUUCGAUAUAUUGCCAUGACCUCUCUUCAGAAGAUUGUUGGGACUGACCAUAACGCAGUGCAGCGCCACAGGGGAACCAUAGUGGACUGCCUGAAGGACCAGGACGCCUCUGUCAAGCGCCGUGCCUUGGACCUGUCCCUGGCUCUGGUGUCGGCCUCCAACAUCCGCUCCAUGAUGAAGGAACUGCUCAUCUUUCUCUCCUCCUGUCCUCCCGAGCUCAAGGCCCAAGCUGCCAACGGCAUCUUCAACGCCGCUGAAAGGUAUGCGCCCUCUCAGCGCUGGCACAUUGACACCAUCCUGCAUGUCCUCACCACGGCAGGGGGCGACGUGAGAGAUGAAACGGUGCCCAACCUGAUUCAGCUCAUCACCAAUACCUCAGAGCUGCACUGUUACACUGUCCACAAGCUGUACCGGGCUCUUCUUACGGACAUCUCUCAGCAAUCCCUGGUCCAGGUGGCCUGCUGGUGUAUAGGAGAGUAUGGAGACCUGCUGCUGAGAGGAGAGUGUCAGGAGACUGAACCUGUGCAGGUUUCCGAGGACGAUGUCCUGGAUGCCUUGGAAACGGUUCUACAGUCUCACAUGUCCUCCCCGGCGACCAGAGGCUUCGCUCUCACAGCCACCAUGAAACUGAGCACACGCAUCACUGAUAAUGUGGAUCGGAUCAGAAGCACCGUCAGCAUCUACGGCAGCUGUAUAGACGUGGAGCUCCAGCAGAGAGCGGUUGAAUACAACGCUCUCUUCAAGAAAUAUGACCACAUGAGGGCGGCGGUGCUGGAGAGGAUGCCGGUGAUUGAAAAGAACUCUCCGGGUCACACCAAUGGAGAGUCCACAGGGGAGACUGUGAAGGAGGUCAAACCAGCCAAAGUAAAACAGGGAGAACCAGUGCUGCCUCCACAGCCUGCUAACCAGGUGUGUGAUCUCUUGGACCUGCUUGGUAGUUCUGAGGAGCCUCUGCAGCCCGGCCCGGCACUAGGCAGCACAGAACCCAUCCUGCCCGUCAGCACAGCUGGCAGUGCUGGAGGAGACCUCCUGGAUCUGUUGGGAGGUUUAGAGCCCGCUCCACUCACACCAGCUCCCUCAGUGACGGUGUACAACAAGGGCGGCGUGACCAUGACGCUACGUUGUGAGAAACAGUCCGACACGGGCCUGUUGGUCACGCUCACAGCCUCCAACUCCACAGACUCAGACAUCAGCAGCUUCACCCUGCAGGCGGCUGUGCCCAAGAGCGUCGAGUUACACAUGAAGGCCCCCAGCGGGGACUCGCUUCCUGCUCGAGGGGCAGCUAACGUGACCCAGAUGGUGGUCCUCAACAACCCCAACAAGGUUAAUCUGAAAAUGAGGAUCCGUGUCUCUUACACCAGCCAGGGAUCAGCUGUUCAGGAUAUGGUCCAGGUCGACUCUUUCCCCGGACAUUGACAGCGGGUAGCCAGCCCAACGGGAUUACAACAGUCUGCAGAUGAAUCCGCAGGUGUCAGCUCUGUCCAUCCACUGUCACCCCCUUCUGUUCAGACCAAACUGCUGUUUCUCAGCCUCAUUUAUGGAGCUGCUUAGUUUGACCCUCUCGUGGAAUGGAAAUAUUAAUGUGAUAAAUGGUGAUGGGGGUGCAGUGAUAACUGCACAUGUGCGCUACCACAAAAGUUUAGACACAUCUGAGUUGAAUUGAAUUGAAUGAGGUGUGUCCAAACUUUUGACUGGCAGUGGAAAUGAUACCAUUCAGGUUUUGUUUACAACAGCUGAUUGUAUUCAGUGUUUCACUCCACAGCUCAUCUCUAAGCCACCAGAUCAACCUCUUCCACACAGCACUCCAUAUACAAUAUACUCCUCUCAGCGAUUUCCCUUUUAAGAUAUUGGUCUUUACACUGUCUAAAAGGAGCUGAACACUAACGGAUGAGCCACUACUAAUAUUAGGAAAUGAUUUUAUCUGAUGCACUUGACCUUAUCUGAAUGAAUGGAUUUUGAGUUUGAAGCGUGGAGAAUUGUAAACACAACCUCAUGGGCUGCAUUCAUUUGUCUCCAUUUUGUCCUGCCUCAUUGAACUAAAAAGCAUCCAUCUCCUGAUCCAUUUCCCUGUGCCUUUCAUCCCCUCUUUGGAGGCCAUAGAAUAUUUUAAUGUAAAUGAUACAUGUUUUUAUCAUUCCCAUGCAACAAACACUUGCACAGGUUUCCUGACCAGUAUCUCUGUUGUUUUACAGAUGCUCCCAAGUUAUUUAUUUGCUUUAGACUGUGUAUUAUGAA